AUAUAUAAAUCUGUAGAUAAGUGCAAUGAGUUGCUUCCUCAAAUCCCCUUUCUUUUAAAAAGCUCAAAAAAAAAAACAAAAAAAAAAAAAAUUGUAACAGAAGGAACCCAGUUGGAGACUUUUUCUUGGGAAAGAAUUAUAUACACUUUCUUGGGGAAGAACUAUAUAUACAUAUAUAUAUAUAUAUGUAUAUAUAUAUAUAAACCCAGAAAGCAAAGCAAUCUUCUCUCUUCUUUAUUUGAGUUCCGGUAGCAACAAGAAAGAAGAGAAGUGCAGAAGUGUUGUUGGGCUGUGCCGGUGCCCAUGGACGAUGAUGUGAUGCAGCGAGUAUUCCAAGAAGGGGGGAGAGAGUACUACCAACAACCCUCCACUUCUUCGUCUUCUUCUUCCAUUCUCCAAUCCCUCCCUCUCCAUGUGUCCUUUGAUCAUGGGUAUUACUUGCUUGUUAAAUCUAUUCAAGAGCUUAGAGAGAAAAAAGAGGGCCUCGUGACGGUCGGUAUUGGUGGUCCGAGUGGGUCGGGUAAAACAAGCUUAGCAGAGAAGGUGGCAUCUGUGAUUGGUUGUUCUGUUGUGUUGAUGGAGAAUUAUCGUGUUGGAGCUGAUGAAGGGAAUGAUUUGGAUUCAAUAGAUUUCAAUGCUUUAGUCCAAAAUCUUGAGGAUUUGAUAAAUGGUAGAGAUACACUGACCCCAGUCUUCGAUUUUCAAGCAAAAAGACGUGUUGGUUCUAAACCAAUAAAGAGUACUUCAUCCGGAGUGGUAAUAGUUGAUGGUACUUAUGCCCUACAUGCAAGACUGCGCUCUUUGUUAGAUAUUCGAGUGGCAGUGGUUGGUGGUGUUCAUUUUAGUCUUCUUUCCAAAGUGCAAUAUGAUAUUGGCGAAUCUUGUUCAUUGGACUACCUUAUUGACAGCAUUUUCCCUUUGUUUAGAAAGCAUAUUGAAUCAGACCUGCAUCACGCACAGAUCAGAAUUAAUAAUAGCUUCGUUUCAUCAUUUAGAGAGCCAAUAUACAAGCUGAAAUGCAAAAGUGAGCAUUCAUCAAGUGGACAUUCACCUUAUACUUUUCGUGAAAAAGAAGCACAAAGAGAUAAUUUUAUUGAGAUGUACCUGAGGCCUCCAUCUGCUAGUGAAGAAGCACGUAUAAAUGAUUGGAUUAAGGUGCGGCAAUCUGGUAUAAGAUACUAUCUAUCGCUAGGUGACCAAAGGAUUGUUGACAAAAAUUACAUUAUCCGGCCAAAAGCUGAGUUUGAGGUUGGACGGAUGACACUGGGGGGAUUGCUGGCUUUGGGUUACACUGUUGUUGUCAGUUAUAAACGGGCAUCUACAUCAGUCGGCAAUGGCAUUCUAUCAAUAUCAAUGGAAACUAUCGAUUCUCUUAGCGAGACAUACAUGGUGCUGAGGGGUGCAAAUAGGAAAACAGUUGGAGAAGAAGCUUCUAGGAUGGGUAUCAAUGGACCAUGGAUCACUAAAUCAUACCUUGAAAUGAUCCUCGAGAGAAAAGGUGUACCUCGCCUUAAUACGCCACCUUUGUCUAAAACAUCUUUGACUGAUAAUCAAGAAAGGUUGAUUGCUGCACCAAAGCCAGUUCGUAUUACUCCUAACGUUGUUAACCGGCUUGAGGAUUUAUCUCAGCCAUGGACUCGAUCCCCGACAAAAUCCAAAAUGGAACCUGUACUGGCAACUUGGCAUUUCGUCUCAUCGGAUCCCCCACUUGGUGAUGACUCUGUCAUUGAUCCUUCUUCUUUCAGGGCUACCCUGCAGCUUGCUCCAAUGCCUGAUUCAUAUGACCUGGAUAGAGGAUUGCUUCUUUCUGUUCAAGCAAUACAGGCUUUGUUGGAGAAUAAAGGUCUUCCAGUAAUAGUUGGAAUUGGAGGUCCAAGUGGUUCUGGAAAAACUAGUUUGGCUCGAAAAAUGGCAAAUAUUGUUGGUUGUGAAGUUGUUUCCCUUGAAAGCUAUUACAAAUCUGAACAAGUAAAGGACUUUAAAUAUGAUGACUUCAGCUCUAUUGAUCUAUCUUUGCUUUCAAAGAAUAUUGAUGACAUAAGGAAUUGUCGAAGAACAGAAGUUCCUAUAUUUGAUCUGGAGACUGGAGCUCGGAGUGGCUUAAAAAAUCUUGAAGUUUCUGAAGAUUGUGGAGUGGUCAUUUUCGAAGGGGUUUAUGCUUUGCAUCCUGAUAUCAGAAAAUCACUUGAUUUGUGGAUUGCAGUUGUUGGAGGUGUUCAUUCACAUCUGAUUUCUCGAGUUCAAAGGGACAAAAGCAGAGUUGGGUGCUUUAUGUCCCAAAAUGAAAUUAUGAUGACAGUUUUUCCAAUGUUCCAGCAGCACAUUGAACCACAUCUUGUUCAUGCACAUCUCAAAAUUCGAAAUGAUUUUGAUCCUGUGCUAUCCCCCGAAAGUUCUUUGUUUGUGUUGAAAAGCAACAAGCAAGUGGCAUAUCAAGAUAUUCUGAAAAUCCUUGACCCUACAAAGAUCUGCAGUUCUGUUCAGAAUUUCAUUGAUAUAUAUUUUAGGCUUCCUGGAAUUCCUGCUAAUGGCCACUUAGCAGAGAGUGAUUGCAUACGUGUCAGAAUAUGUGAGGGAAGAUUUGCAUUGCUGAUCAGGGAGCCUAUAAGAGAGGGGAAUUUUAUCAUACAACCAAAAGUGGAUUUUGAUAUCAGCAUCAGUACAGUUGCUGGCCUUCUUAACCUUGGGUAUCACGCUGUAGCUUACAUUGAAGCAUCUGCAUACAUUUACCAAGACGGAAAGAUCCUUAUUGAGGUUGAUAAUCUACAAGAUGCUCCAAGUCCUUACAUACAAAUCAAAGGGAUCGAUAAGGAAGCCGUGGCAGCUGCUGGUUCAGCUCUUAAUUUGGAUGGUUCAUAUACAACGAAGAGUUACCUUCAAAUAGUUCUGGAGAGAUUACCCGCACUGGAAAGGAGUUCCAGUGGUAUUAACACUCAGCAAGCAGCAAGGUUGCAGGAACUUGUGGAAUUUAUACAAUCUCAGUGCAAUACCGUGGUGAACAAACAGGGCAGCAGUUCAUCUUCAGAGUCCUCACCAAGUAGGGAAGUUUCUCCAUUAGAUGGCAUAAUUGAAGACAUGCAGUCAAGAAUCAAGAGGCUCGAGCGGUGGCAUACAAUUAAUACAGUACUAUGGACAUUUCUGAUGUCUGCCCUUGUUGGUUAUUCACUCUAUCAGAGGAAGAACCAAUGAUUUGGUCAACUUAACUGAAAUUCUUUCAUCAGAUUAAAAUAUUCUCGUCUCUGCUGCACUUUUACCUAGAGUAACUCUUAAAAUUCUGAGCCCAACAAAAAACUUUCUAGUUCCUAUUACACCUUUUUUGUUUUUUGUUUUUUGUUUUUUGUUUUUUUUGUGUUUUUUUGUUUUCGGAUCAUCAGAUUAAUAGGGAUGAUAAUAUGUCCCUGUAGGCAAUUGAUGUAUAUAAUAGUGAUCUUGAUUUUUAAAAAAGGCCCAUUGUUCACUAGCUCACUCAUGGUCAUGCUGAGUGGUCAUUGAUGGAGGACAGCAUGACAUUAUACAAAAUUGUUUUCUACUUA